AUGGCCGCCUCUCCCCAGAACGACAAUGUCACGCACGCCCUUGCCGGCGCGGGUGGUGGCAUCCUGUCCAUGGUCCUGACAUAUCCGCUCAUCACUCUAUCAACCCGCGCGCAGGUUGAGUCGAAAAAGGCCGACAGCAAGUUCAGCGACGCCGUGCAAAAGAUCGUUGCCCGCGAGGGCGUCGCCGGCCUCUACUCGGGCAUCAACUCGGCGCUGUUCGGCAUCAGCGUCACCAACUUCGUCUACUACUACUGGUAUGAGUGGACGCGCUCCUUCUUCGAGACCGCCGCCGCCAAGGCCGGCCGCGCCAGCAAGAAGCUCACCACGAUCGAGUCUAUGAUCGCCGGCGCCAUCGCCGGCUCCGCCACCGUCGUCCUGACCAACCCGAUCUGGGUCGUCAACACCCGCGUCACCACGUACAAGCACGACGCCGACGCCGACCUCGAGGCCGGCCGCCGCAAGGCCCCCGCCCGCCCCUCGACCCUCGCCACGCUCAUGACGCUGCUCAAGAAGGAAGGGCCCCAGGCGCUCUUUGCCGGCGUCAUGCCCGCCCUCGUCCUCGUCAUCAACCCCAUCCUCCAGUACACCCUCUUCGAGCAGAUGAAGAACGCCGUCGAGCGUCGCCGCAAGGUCACCCCCACCAUCGCCUUCUUCCUCGGCGCCCUCGGCAAACUCUUCGCCACCUCAGUCACCUACCCCUACAUCACUGUCAAGAGCCAGAUGCACGUCGCCAGCGGCUCCUCCAAGAAAGAGGGCAUGUCCCAGACCUUCAACCGCGUCGUCCGCGAGGAGGGCUACGCCGGCCUCUACAAGGGCAUCGGCCCCAAGGUCACGCAGAGCGUCCUGACGGCCGCGUUCCUCUUCGCCUUCAAGGACGCCCUCUUUGACCAGAUUGUCAGACUCCGCAGCGGCCGCAAGAUUGCAGCCAAGUAA